CGAUACCUUUGCAAUGCAAAGGUAUCGCUGUGGAUGAACUGAAGGAACCUUUCCAGGAAAAAGGAAGAAAAUACUAAGUGGUACGGGUCCUUAAGGGAAAGAAAAACCUUCAUCAAAAGAAAAACAAACUGGUAAAUCCGAUUUCAGAUAAACCCGAGAAGGACAACUGGUUAAAGAUUAAGCAAAAAUAUUUUGGAUUGGUAGGAUAGUAAAGACGUUACAAUCCUCUAUUAUUUUUGAUUGAAACUUUCUAAUGUUAAAAUUUAUAUAAUUACUGAAAGCACACUGCAACAUUUCCAGAUUUGUUUUUCUAACUAGCAGGAAAAUAUUGUGUACAAACAUACAUAUUUUGUUUUUAUAUAAACUAUACAUAUAAGAAGUAUGUCUGCUGAUUCUUCCGUGGUACAGUGCUCAAUACGUUUGCAGGUAGAGCCUGAUAUUUCGGAGCUGAAGAAAAUCAAACUACGGGUUUUAUCUAUACAAGCCUGAUUCGUUAAUAACUAACUCUUCUGGAGAUCCUACAAGAGACAAUGUUGCUGCAAUCCAAUUUUUGUUUAUUGAACUAAAUUCACUUCGUUUUGUGUAUGAAAAAAUUGUUUCCUCCAUAAUCAUCUUCUUAAUAUUAACUUCUAAAUCACAACUUCCAAAAAGUCGAAGAUUACAGAGCCAAAAAGUAGAAGAAGAUUAUCUGAACCACGGGGCCUAAGUUGAGGCUUUUUAUCACAAAAAGUCCCUUUACAACAAGACUGAUUCUGUAGGCUUGAAAUUAUAAAUUUCCUUUAUUUUUUUGAUAUUUUUAAGGGUUUACAGCUGUAAGGAUUCUGCCCUUUCAGGUUGGAUUUUUUAAAAUGCAUUUACUUUAGUUUUUGGUCUGAAAAUUUGGGUUGGAAAUUUUUGCUGGCGGAAGGCGAAUGGAAUUUUUGCCGGAUUGACUUCAUUUAGGCCUCUUCAAACCGAUCUUCAAUUUCCAAAAAUUAGCCAAAAAUUAUCACGCGAAAACAUUUGCUUUUGUGAGAAAAUUAAGAUGAACUGAAGGACAUGACAAAAUUGCCUUCUGUUACUCACGAUUUGCUUUUCAAUCGAGUAUUGCACCCGCUCUAUUUGCACGAGAAAUUCCAUAGACAAAGCAUUCCAUAAAGAAUGGAACACUGAACUCAACGUAAGCGAGAAUGACCCAGUACCAUCUAAAACGUCUAAUUUUUCACCGCUUAUAUACCUUAUAUCGCGAUUUAUUUCUUAACAGCAAAAUAAAGGAAAAAUGGAUUUCGCUCAUGUUCGAAGGAAAAAAGUUGCUCGUAGGUUUUAUUAAGUUAUGUGAGUCAGCAAGAGAGUUUGUACUUUAACCAGUAAAACGAGCUAGAUGCUGCUAAGAAAUUACGACGGAAAGAAAAUGAAAUAGGAGGGGGUUACUUUUAGAAGAGCAAGGCAUAUGUUCCUUCCUGUUCCAUACUUUGUUAUAAAGGAAGCAUCCAUGGGCAAUUAUUGGGAGAUGGCAAUUCUCGUUACUUACGACCUUGAUGUUGCAGGUAUUUUUAGCGUUACAUUUACCCAAAAGCAACAAAAACGUGUAUUUGCUGCGUUUAUUUUAUUUAAAUCAGUUGCAAGUAAUUUUUUUAUUAGAAACAAACACGACCCAUUAGUACAUUGUUGGCUAGAGGUAGCAAUGGGAUCUCGUGCAGAUCGACGAAGAGAGAAUAUGUUCGUGUAACAGUAAAACUCGCGUGUUGUGUUACUGCUGAAAACUGCUCACACCACUAAUCAUAUGAUGCAAUUAAGUAACAAGACUUCAUUUAGUCGACUAUUGUGUAAGAAAAUUACUUACUGUCGACAUCAAAAGAUUAAUAUCCGGAUAAGGUUGUUAAGAUUUGUGUUCUUGAUGAACAAAAUUGGACGUUUAUACCUGUAGCACUGAAAAUAUUGUCCGUCACCUUUCUGAAGGCAACAGAACCUUUAUGGAGGAAAAGAAACCUUUCUGAAGGCAACAGAACCUUUUUGGAGGAAAAAGAACCUUUCUGAAGGCAACAGAACCUUUUUGGAGGAAAAAGAACCUUUCUGGAGGGGAAAGAAACCUUUCUGUAGAGACAAAAAGAAUCUUUCUGGAGGUAGGGAUCGACUUUUUUGAAGUUGUCAACUUGUUUAUUGAAUUUUUUCUCUACCUACACUUUUUUCCAUUGUACAAAUUUUCCCGUUAAUUGGUAUUCUAUGUAAUUUGUUGCCAUGCUUCUAGGAGAAACUCUGGAGCUUUCAACACCAUUAGCACCAUCUUCUGGAAUUCCAUCUGGAUCUGAUAAAUCUGCAUUCUAAAUUUGAUAAACUGCCCUCUUGUUCCCCUUCAACGCACCCUCAUUAAUCAGGGUUCCUUAUACACAUGCAGGGCAGGCAGAAGACGACAUUUGGCCACUAGGCCUCGCUGUAAAGCUUUAAAAGAAUGCCCUAAUGACGAGGAAGUGAACCAGUUCAUGUAUCUGAUGUGAUCCAAAGUUCAAAACUCAAGCAAGAGGCACACCUCGUGAAUAGCAGAAAAGUGGAGGGCAUGUGUCACUGGUACUUGCCAUAGACCCAUUUCCAAAUUUUCCAAACUUUGCAGAUUUUCCUCUUGAAAGCCUAUCAAUUUACCUCAAACAAAAUUUUCCCCAUCCCCCGUUGCUUCGCCACUUCCCUCCUCAAAUGCCCAUUCCCUUCUUGAAAAUUUUUCUAACCGAAACGAGGCUUUAGUGCAGCGACUUCGAAAGCGAUAAACAAGAGAUGGGGAGAGGAAGAACUUGAUUGCGUAUUUGCGAAUUUUUAUAAGAAGAUAUUUUUCUGUUUUUAUGAAUGGAGCUGGAUAAAGACCAGAAGAUUAUUUAUGGAUUAUUAUCAGAAGAAAGACUGGAAGCAUUCUUCCCUUCAUUCAGGUCCCAACUCCAUGUUUAUAAGGUUGAAGAUCUCUUGCAUGUCACCAGGAACGAUUUGUUCAGGAUUGGAGUAUUAUCUGGGCCGGACAUUCGUAGGUUUGAGAAAGUUAUCGGAAAAGUGACAAAGAAUGCAGGUUUAAAGGGAAUUUUUACGAAAGUCUUACCAAAAAAGCAAAAACAAGGCAUUGAAAUUCCUGCAACUGUUAGCUUGUGGGAACAGUUUGAGCCAGUUAUCAUAAAAACAGAGGAUCUUAAGCUGCAAGAGGUGUUAGGGUCAGGAAACUUUGGAGAGGUGUAUAAAGGGCAAUGGAUGAGGCAUAUUGGCGGACAGGAAAAUACUAUACCAGUUGCUGUUAAAUGUUUGAAGGAAGAUUCUAACCAAUCAUUUAUAAAAGAAGUCUCAAUCCUUUCCCAACUUGACCAAAAGCAUGGAAACAUAAUUAAACUUUAUGGAAUUUCUAUACAAGCUGAUGUUAUCAAAAUGGUUACAGAGUAUGCAGAAGGAGGUUCACUACUGGAAAAGCUACAGACUGGCCAAAUUUUGCUAAUUUCAUUGCUAUGCCAAUUUGCAGUUCAAAUUGCAUCUGGUAUGAUGUAUUUGGAACAAAAGGGCCUAGUCCAUCGUGACUUGGCAGCCAGGAACAUUCUCGUAACAGCUCACAAUCAGGUGAAAAUAAGUGAUUUUGGAUUAGCGAAAUUGGUUGGACAAGAGAAUCAAUGGGUAAUGACUGCUCCUGAAGCUCUUCCCAUAAGAUGGGUGGCGCCAGAGAGUUUGUUGGAAGGGAAGUUCACAAGUGCAAGUGAUGUGUGGAGUUUUGGUGUUGUUUUGUGGGAGAUGUUCACGUUUGGUGAAUUUCCGUGGUCUGAAUUCAGCUCAAAGGAGGUUAUCGAGAAAAUUAAGAAUGGAGAACGCCUACAAGAACCAGACUAUUGUCCUUCAAAUAUUUAUACGCUCGUUAUGAAACGAUGCUGGGCUGAAAAUCCAGAAGAAAGGAUGAAAUUCGAACAAGCUCGAUCUUGUCUUGUAAAUAUCCACCCAACAUCAAGCUUUGCUGUAUCCUAUCGAAAAGAACUCGGAAAACUCCAUUAUUCAGUCGGGGAUAUUAUCAUAGCUAUAAAACCAUACCAGGGAAGCUCUGACUUGUGGGUUGGCCAAAAUGAAAGAACAUUGGAAUUUGGGACAUACAUUAAGUCCGAGACACAGCCACAUCUGACAAAGAUUCCUGCAGCUUCACCCUCGCAUCUUAGUCCUGAUAACGGGAACCCAGCGACUAUUUCAACCACUUCUUCUGUGACUUAUUGCGUGCAAAAGCAAAAGCGGAGCCAGCCAAUCGCAGUACCGAACGAAGAUAAUCAUGCUCGACAUCAAAAACAAAGUAGGCCUGUAUCUUUUGACUCGUCACCGUCUUCAAGGAGCCCUCCUUCUAGGAGGCCGCCCUCCAUGAGCCCGCCCUCAUGCAGCCCACCCUCCAGGAGCCCUCUGUUCGUGUGCGACGAGUCCACGCCCACAGAUCGACCGCCGCUUCCUCCAAAGAGGGAAGACAGAAAAAUGCCCGUGGACGACAUUUUUUUGAAUAAGGAUUAUUUAUCCUCUGAUACUGAAGCUAGUUUGCAGAAUGAAGAAUCUUUAUAUUCAACAAUUGAUGAAUUGAAACGUGAAGUUGAUGGGGGUCAGAACCUGGAUUCAAAUGGGCAACCGAGACCAGUGCCAAGUGCUGACAAACUAGCGUCUGGAACUGUACAGCGAUAUCCAUCAAUGUACGUGAAAAUGCACGAGGGAGAGCAAAACACGAGUGAUAAACAGACUCAUCCAAAUAGAAAACACUCGAACACUGCAGUCGAUACGGCGCCCCAACUUCCUUCUCGGCGAAUGCCUUUCGAUGGCUCGAAGCCUCCAGCUCUUCCACCGAGAAAAAUCUCCUCUAGUAUUCCUACGGAAUCAUCAAAACCAACAGACCAUAAUGGUGAAAAGCCUGGUCCAUUGAUGUCAAAGAGCGAAGCGCCCACUCCUGAUAAACUACUUGAAUCAACGCAAAGAAAAAUAUUAAUUUCGCAGAACGAAAACCAACAGGUGAUGCAAGCAAUCAAGCAGAAAGAGGCCAAAAACACCCGAGCUCGAAAUGCUUCUGGUUCCAGUUUGAAAGAUUUGGAAACAGAAUUUGACAAUUUAGCUGUCCGAGAAAAAGCAAAGAAACCCCGAAAGCCUCCCAGAACAUCUAAAACUUUUUAUUUUGACGAUUGUUCUUUGCAGGAAACCUCUCCAGAUUACGAGAACAAUCUAGUUUUCCAACUAGAUCCAUCCGCAUGGUCAAAUUCGGCAAGCAAUAGACAAGAAGACAUUGUUGUGCGCUCUCGUCCGCUUCCUGCGAAUGGAGAUUCAGAAUCUGAUCGUAUUGGUUACGCAGGUGUUGCUCCUAGUGAAGGCGUUCUGUUGAAGUUGCAUGUGCCUAAAAAGAAAUAUGGCUCUGCAGAACGUAUGAAGAAGCUGCGAAAGACGCAAUCACUAGAGUCAGUCUGCGUUGAGCAAAAUGAAGGGUGUCCAAACGCGUCGAAUCAAGCUGAGAGAGCACGCUCAAAAACAAAUUACUUGGACGCUGGAUUUUUCAACAGCUCUAUCGAUAGUGACUCAUCUGAAGGCGACGGAAUGUUUGGAUCUAGUCUAGACAGUAUUGGCUAUCAAAAACUCGAUAGUGAAUCGAAGGGCGUUGCCAAGAGAAGGACGAUAUUUGGUAUAAAGCUCAGAAGGAGAAGUAAGAAAGACAGAGAUAGUACCGAAAGAAGAAAGUCUUCAAUUGAAAACCUAGCUCAGUUGAUCACACAGGUAAUAGAGGAGAUGCCGCUAGCGUCUCAGGCAGAUGCUGCCUCUGCUUUAGAGAUAUCGAGAUUCAAUGUUGAGGAUGCUGUGAAGUUUCUAAAGGUGAAAGAAUUGGUUAAGCUAGAGUUAUGUCCUCAAUCCACCUGCCUUGAUAUGUUGAAAACGUACGAUUGGAAUGUUCAAGAAGCGUCUUAUGCAAUUAAGAUACAUUACAUAAUGGCCAUUUACCUUGAUUUGUCAAUGGAAAUGGCUGCUAAGUUAUUACGAGAGAAUGGCUGGAAUAUCGCCUUUGUUUUGAAUUUACUGAGAAUACCAAUGUACUUAGAAGAAAGCAAAGAAAUCGGAUUCACAGAAAACGAGGCUACCAAAAUGCUGGCCUCGUGUAGGAAUGACAUUGAUAUGGCGUUGUGUUCGUUGAAAGUAAAAAUGGUUGCGGAUAUUACGCAGAAACCGCAAGAAUACUGCAGGAAAACGCUGGGCCAUUGUCAGUGGAAAGUCGAUCGUGCAGUGAACUUUAUAGUCGAGUCUGGCUAAGUAUCUGGCGUUACCUUGGCAACUGCUAAAACAUCUUUUCCAGGCAGUACUGGGCAGCAAUUCUACUUCAUAUCAUUUUUCAAUUGUAAUUUUAUGACAGCAUAGGCACGGGUUUACAUUAUGGAUACAAAUAUUUUCGAUUUUUGCUUUUAUGAUCUUCUAUGCAAAUUUUGUAAAAAAAUUGAUUAGAGUGAAACAUCAGAUAAUUUAAAGUACAGGAUAUAUUGUAUUUUGGGAAUUUGCAAAAUCUCUUUAAAACUUGUGUUUUUGUCUUUCAUAACUUUUGCAAUAAAGUUUUCUUUUUAAAAGCGCUGAUUCACCAAUAUCCUCACCCAAUUUUUCGACUCCUUUUGCCUUUUCUUGAAAAUUGGAUCCCUGAAAAGUAUUCACGAUAUUCGCCCAGUGGAAACCAAGCUUUAAUGCGAAUAUAACCCUUUUCACGGUUUCUAGCGCCAUUAUGAAUUAGAUGAACAAAUUGGCACAAUAAUGACACGCAACAAAAACAAAAAUUAUACCAAAUUCUCAAAAUUAUUUAAAAAACAUUAGAUAGAGUUUUUUCAAGAUGUAUUUGCCAUGAUCUAAACUUUAAACUAUAUAUUUUUGAGGAUAAACAGCUUACAAAUAUCAUUUUGUCUAUUUUCUCUGUUAGGUACAGCCUAAAGUUUGCGUCGUUCACAGGACGGCACGUUUCUCUAUAAAGCAACCACCUUUUCGUAUCAAUCAAAGUCCAUAUAAUAGUAAACAUAUUGGAUUGAACUCCUUUCAGUGCCAAAAUUCUCUACUAUCUCUGUAGGUGUUACUAAAAUCAGUUGCUUUAUCCUUGGUAUCGGGAAUAAAAUGGACAUGCAAGGAUAACCCUCUUGGUCCGUCACAGGCUAACCUUUUGUUGGUUUAACGAAAAUAAAUAUGAUGCGAGAUAUAAAAGAAGAAACUGGAUUACCUUCCAGUGUAUGCAGUAAGCUGACAUUUACUGGUCAGUAAGAUCGUUGGAAUACUUCAGUUUGAAUAUCAAAUCGAUAACAAUAACGAUCUGCUUUUCCGCUAUCGAGCUUUGUGUUGUCAUGAUUCCACCCAAUAAAAUUAAUUGCUUUGCCAUUUAUUGAAAAAAGUCAAGUUGAUUACAAACUUUUGUGCCCAUGCAAGGUUGUAAUGUUAGAGGGGCUCAGGGGGCUGAUCCUCCUUUGAUUAUAUUACUUUGGCUAUUGUUUUUUUGCAACAUAUUGCGCAAGUUACCCCAUUGCUAUUUUGAUAGCACUUCACCCAAACCCACCAGCCUCAGGCCAGUAAAGAGCAGACAUAAAUGACCCAAAUAAAUGACGUUAUUUGAAAAAGUCAGAAUGCCCAAAUAAAUGACGAUUUUUUUUAAAACUGUAUCAUUUUUUCAAAGUAAUAACGUGUUUGUACAUGGAUAAGGGCAUUGUUAGAAAUAAUAGUUGUUCUCAUUACGUGAUUUGGUAGCAUACGCUCUUUAUCUGUGGCUGGAUUGUUCCUAAUUUGUUCUUAAAGGGUGUAGGCAGUGCAAUUGCUAGCUAUCGCGCUUUAAAAAGGUUUUCAGGCCUCGUUUGCUAACAAAGAGAGUGAGAUAUUCUUUUUUUACCGACAAGUUUGAAAAUUCACCGAAAAAGCACCCCUAGAUGGCAUAAAGAACCUCGUUUUAAGACAAUACACUUAUCAAAAUUACAUUUUGCAGUAGCACAGCCUCAACUUGUUCUCACUUUGUUCUUAAAUUUUAACCAAAUUUGAGGCUCAUGUUCUUACAAAAUUGUUCUUAUAAAAGCGAGUGUAUCCCGGCAUUACAAAAUGAAACGAUAUACUUCUUGCAAGUUCAGUUUUGCAUGACCAAAUACCUGGUUUUAUACGUAUUUUCAAAAAUCUUAAACGCAAAAAACUUCGUCGUGACCAAAUUUCGUCUCCUUUUGAAUUUCGUCGAAAAAAAUUUUGUCAAAAUAUUUGUCCGAAAUUUUGUCACGACGAAAUUUUUUGUAGUCAAUGUAUAUAUCUCUUGAGAUGAUUUUAGGCAUUAAAACCAAGAAUAUGAAAAAGUCUAACAAAUUGAUAGCCAACUUCCCUACUUCCUGGGAGGGGCUGAGCCCCCCAAAUUUUCGCCAGGAGGGGCUCAAGCGAAAAUUUACUACUUACAAUAAUUAUUUACAUAUCAAAGGAAGUCGGUAUAUCCGGAUCUUACAAUUCGUUGGCGCACAGCGUGUUGCACAAAACUAGCUAAAAUUUUUUGAGUAUAAAAAUUUCAAUUUUGACUGUUGCACGGACAGUUUCUGGAAAUACCACAAGAUGGUAGAGCUACAAAAUAAGGAAGUUGCACUGUUAGAACAAGCAGAAUAUGACCUUAAAAUUUCAAAUUUUUUCAACAAAGAGGAGAUAAACCCAUUUCCUUAUUGAAGGGAAAUUUGGUGAGGGAAUGCUCCAGCGAUUUCUUAAAAAACGUUCUACCUAUGUUUUUUCUUACGUUUAGGAGACGAUUGCUUACAUCACCUCAAAACAAAUGUUAAAAAGUAUUUCCCUCACAGUCUCUAACAGUUUUUUUACGAAAUAUCACCAAGAGCCGCACCGCAUAGUAGUGCCAUUAUAGGCUCUGACAGGCUGUAUGCCACCCCAUUUCAUUUUAUUUAGAAUCAUUUAUGCACGAUAGGCACAAUGAUUGAUUUUCAGGGGGCCGUAUUGAAAACUUUACUUAUCAAAAUCUACCAAAACAGAUAAUAAUUAAAGGAAACUAAUUACAAUCAUGUAUAGACUAAAUACAAUCAUAAACUAUUUAAAAAAAGUUACAGUUAAUAGUUAUAAGCUUCUGUAAGUUGAGACAAAGGAGAGAAAGGAGAGAAAUCUAAACAAUUGCUGUAAUUCAAGACAAUACUAAGAUCAUGGUGUUAGGUCACGUGAUCUUGAAUGGGCUGUCUUCAUCCUCAAAGAUUGGAAAAGAGGUAAAUAUUCUCAAAGAAUUGAAUGCCCAAAAAGCGAUGAUGGUAGCAAAAAGAACUUAAAGGGCAAAUUAUUCUUUUCAGAGUUCUAGCCAGUUCAGCCAUCUUCUUGGUGUUCUGGUUUCCUCUUAUUCCUUGUGAAGUUUCUCCUUGACACUAGCGAUUGUACCCUAUUUGCCAUCAUCUUUUCUAAGUAUGGCGAAGAGGAAGCGGAAGAAGACGAAUAUGAAGCAGAAGAAGA